AUGACCAAUGGCGUUACUGAGGACAAUUUACCCACCAAGCUUGUCCGCCAGAGCAUUCAGAAAGCUUUUGAGUAUCAUGACUUGCCAGAGUUGAUUACUGAGAGAAACUGGAGCUCUGAUGAGUCGCGACUAGAUAUUGCUCUAGUGCAUCUGUUCGUGCGAGCCACAGACAUCGAUGCCCUCGGACCAAUUGCAGAGAGAUUCCGACAGCUUUAUGACCUAGUCAAGUCCUUCGCGGCAAGCCUUGCGACGAAGACUGACCAUCCGCACGCGGAGGAUCGAGAGACCAAACUCGACGACGCCACUCGAGAGUUCUUUCUCAAAUCACUCGUACUCUCAAGUCUCAAGCCGCCUGAACGGCCAACUGGAGGAUCAAAUGUGUCUGUUAGGGACCUCAUUGUGCCAGCUAUCCCGACUGUAGAGGCAGCAACACAAUUGGUUGCAACUCUGUCAGAAGCCCUUGGUGUCCUCAGCAGUGGUGGUGUUUAUGGCUACUUCGAUUGGAAAGAGGAUACUCCGGGCUGGAAGUACACUCUGGCCAACCCUCCGCUCAUCAAACCGGAGUGGAGAACAGAGCUCCUUAGCGAGGAUGGUGCUAAAGCCGUGGAUGGUGUUUUUGGGGCAAACACAUGGAUUCCUCUACCCAAUCUGCAUCAAGGUCUGUUGAAUGCUCUGCGCAGGGCCACAAAUCAACUCGAAAAGGCUAUUACAGCAGAAGAAAAGACCAACGACACCGUGAGCGCCUCAAAGGGCGUAUUCCCGCUCGGGCAUCUCGGGAUUGUCAAUGUUUCGCCCACAUGGCUGCAAUUGGGAGCUUUUAAGGAAGGCGACAGCGUCUCAGGCACCAAACUUCCCACUCCGCUAGCUCCAUUGGUGUCGCCAACAGGCGUUGGAGAUCUAAUAGUCGUGCGUGACCAUAUCGUCCGUUAUGAGAAAGCCGAGAUCGGUAACAUCCAGAACGUACUUCAAUCCGAGCACUUUGUCCGUGAAACCAAACGUCUAGACCGGACGGAACUGACCACCGUGACCACAUCGUCUACGGAGACGGAGGAACAGCGCGAUUCGCAAAUGACGGAACGGUUUGCGUUGAACAGAGUGGCUUCCAAUGUCAUCAAAGAAGAUUCUGCGAACAAAGCCGGUAUCAGUAUCUCGGCAAAAUACGGUCCUACUGUUGAUGUCAAGUCCAACGCCUCCUGGGCCGAGAACAAGUCACGCGAGUCAGCCACGAAGAUUGCAAGUCAGUACUCGAAGGAUGUUACGUCUCGCGCAUCGAGCAAAGUCAUCGUGAAAACGUUCAAGUCGACGACUUCGACCACUAUAGCGCAGUUUGAAGAAAACGUAAAACAUGAGUUCGAAAACAACAAGACUGGAUCCAAAAACAUAGCGGGAAUUUAUCAAUGGGUCAACAAGGUCACUCCAUAUACUCUGUACCCAUACUACUGGGCUCGAAGGUCCACCUGGGCGGCUCGUGCCACCUUCUCCUCUGCCGACCCGGUCUUCGCCGACUUCGUCAAGGCCGGCGCCGCGAAAGUGCACUUCGCCGCCAAGCCGGGCUUCGGCAAAGACGUACUGUAUUUCAUGGAGACGGGCCGGCUCUGGCAGGCCGGGCCGGUGUCUCGCGUGUCGUUCCAUCAAUAUGCCAGCCUGGCCAAGGAGGUCGAGGAGGCCGAGAAGAACGUCGGCACGGAAAAAGUGCAGGGCGAGCCGUGGGAGACGGUUGUGCCGACGUCGCUUGUAAGGCUGCGGAUGAAUUCGAAGCUCCCGAUCUGGGAGAAUACAGGCAAGAAUGGGUGGAAGGAGUCGGCGGCCACGAGCGAUGAUGCGCAAAGUUAG